UGUUGUUCCUUCAAAACUACGGAAUAAUACAGAAGACUAAAGAUUGAUUUCUCCAAAAAAGAUCUGAGCUUUUUUUUUGUUUGACAUUCAUCGAAACUAGAGAUCGGAAGCGAGGCGAAUGGACGAGGUGAUGACAGUGGCGGACGCCGGCGGCGGUAAUAGGGCAUUGUACGGAUCCUCUCCUCCGUCGCAGAAUCUGCUCCCUCAAAAUCUUCCCAUCUUCUCCGCCUUUCUCGCAUUGGCUCUUGCUCAGUUCCUCAAAGUUUUCACUAAUUGGUACAAAGAAAAGAGAUGGGACUCUAAACGUAUGCUCAGUUCUGGUGGUAUGCCUUCCUCUCACUCCGCUACUGUCACUGCCUUGGCUCUUUCCAUUGCCCUUGAAGAAGGUGCUGGAGCACCCGCUUUUGCCAUCGCUCUUGUCUUAGCUUGCGUUGUAAUGUAUGAUGCCUCUGGGGUCAGGCUUCAUGCUGGUCGUCAAGCUGAGCUGCUGAAUCAAAUUGUUUGCGAGUUCCCUCCGGAGCAUCCAUUAUCUACAGUAAAACCCUUGCGUGAACUUCUCGGCCACACUCCUAUCCAGGUUGCUGCCGGGGCCAUUUUAGGAUGUGUGGUAGCGUAUCUGAUGAGGAGUACAAGCUAGUUUCUACACAACAAUGAAUCCAACAUUCUUUUGAAGAUUAUAGACCCUUAAGAAGCUAUAUAUAGAUUCAUCAGCAAUUAAGCUGUGGAAGGAAGUAAAUGGAAAUUGUGAAAAUCUGUGCAAUAUAUAUAGAUCACUGUUAGAGAGACUUACGUGAAGUGAACUGACUUGUCGUCAUUGUUUAAGAAAUAGUUCUGUGUUUCAAAAUUAUCUUUACCAUUAUUGUAGAACAUACUCACAUUCUGCUUUUGCCUUUAGUUUCUAUUGAUUUAAACUCUCUA